AGCUCGAUUCUUCUUCGUCGUCUUCGUGACAUUGCUCGAGAAACCGACGGCGAAAUCUCAAUCCAUAAGGUGAAAACCUGGAAAUUUGACGGAAAAUGGAACGACCGGAGGAGGAAUUUCUCCGGGUAUCGGAUUCGGAAACCAUGGUCUCCGUCACUGUUGGCCGUUUCAUGAGCACGCUUCUCUCCACUCGACCUAGGAAGCUACAAGAGUCUAUUUCCCGUCUCUGUCCUGAUUCUCAUAAGGGUUCUGUAGGUUCCAUUGAUGAGGCACUGUGGUUUUUGUACAAAUACGUUAGAGACGCUGCUGAGAGAGAUGAAUCAAUGGACGAGAUUCUUGUGCCCAUCAUCGAACAUACAUUAAGGUUUAAGGAUACUAAGCAUGGUAGCCAAGCGUUGAUACUCCUAAAUUGGCUAUUUCAAGAUGAGGUUCUCUUUCAAGAUGUGGCGAGAAAUCUUUCAGAAAUCAUUGUGAAGAAAGAGGAUAGGUUUUUGGCACUUGGGUGGUGCUUCCUUGUCCGUGCUCUUGUAGAGUGUGAGGGUAACGAUGAUCAACAGCUUCUGCCUGGAAUUAGGGAGAAGCAUCAUAUGCUUGUAAAGAUAUUUUCUUCUGCCGUUCCUCACUUGUCGUUGAUUUUGCUGAAAGGGAGCAUUUUGCAGGAUGGAUUUGAGUUGCCAACUCGUCUCUCUGUCGCUGCUGCUGAUUGCUUGCUGUCAAUUACUGGAGCAUUAGCAAAGAGCAAUGAGACUCCUGCUAAGAAACCGAAGCCACCAAGCCUUCCCAGGUCUAGUGAACCGGUUGCUCUAAUACCUAAUGUCACAGAGAGGAGAAAAAUGCAGACCCCUGGACCUGUAGGCUUGAACUGUGAGAUGAGGUGUACACUCUGGAACCACCUGGAGGAGCUCAUUUGUCUAGUGCAGAGUCUCUUGGCUUGGAACAGAAAAAACCGUCAAUUACAUGCAAAAGGAUUGAAUCAAGUGCUGAGGUGGUUAAAAGAGAUAAAGUUGCAUCAUAGUGGCGCCCAAGAUGAGGCAGAUACAGAGAUUUUCAUGAAUGGAGCUCUGCUGCUCUCUUCUUGUUGGAAACAUUACAGUGUCUUGCUUCACUUGGAAGACCUGAAGUUCUCAAAGCUUAGUCAGGACCUCUUGGAGCAAUAUUUGUCUGGCAUUCAGUAUUACUCAGAAAGCCAUUCUCAGGGAUCUUCUAAUGCCAAGAAUAGUGGCAUAGAGACACAGAAGUUUUUCGUGAAUUGUUUAUGCCUCUUGUUGGGGCGUUUUGAGGGCAAGAAACUCGAAAGCAUAACAUUGGAAUAUGGAACACGGCUUGUGCCCUCUCUUCUGCAUCAGCUUCGUUGUAACGAUGAAGGUGUUACUGAUGGUGUUGUUGGUAUACUGAAGGCAACCGUCUUUAAGCAACAUUCUGCAUCUGGAGGCAGCUCCUUAAAGACCAGGCACAUGGAUAUCAUGAUACCAUCACUGCUUCACAUUCUCGAUGAGAGGGAUGGCACAGCCAAAGCUGUCAUCGUCCUCAUAGCAGAAUACUGCUCCAUAAGUACAGAUAAUCACUGCCUGAAUGAAGUUCUACAGCGUCUUGUUUCUGGAACAACUGUGCAGAGGAUGAAUGCUAUGGAUGUGAUAUCAGAAAUCAUUCACAUGUCGAACGAUCCUUUCCCUUCCCAUAUACCCUGGAACAAGAUUACAGACUGCUUACUAAAGUGUCUUGGAGAUGAGGAAACCUCCAUUACUUUAUAUACCGUGGAGUUGCUUAAGUUAAUAGAGCCAUCUCUUGUGCUGCCAGCUUUAAUAUCUAUAAUCUCUUCGGCUGAUGGAAAAGUGCUGUCACAGGCUACUGAAGUGUUGCUGGGAAUCCUUAAACAUCAUAAGGAGGAAUCUGAUGUGAUAUGUCUGUUGCUGGAUUGUCUUAGUAGCAAUACUCAAGCUCUGGAUACUCCAGGAACUUCAGAACAUUCCACGGAAGGUUCAAAGUCUGACAAUGAUCGAGUGCUCAAGUUGAUCCCAGAAUGGGCUAAAAAUGUUCAGAACUGGAAUAUCCUGAUUGGACCAUUACUUGACAAGAUGUUUUCGGAGCCAUCCAAUGCCACCAUUGUUAGGUUCCUUAGUUACACCGGUGAGCACUUGGCAAAAGCAUCAAAUGCAGUUCUCCUGCGUGUACUGUCACGUUUGAAGGGGCAAAAUGGAUCUAGUACUAAAAGCUAUUCCACUGGUGAAGCCGAAUUGAUAGAGAAAUCUCUGUUUGACCGCCUUUGUCCUUUGCUUAUACUAAGGCUGCUUCCUCAAAGAGUAUUCAAUGAUCUUGAUUCUUCUAUUAUGUACGGUCAAUUCCUUAGUGGAGACACCACUAAAGGCUUAGACAACCAGGACAUCAAAUUUGAGGAUCACCAAUGUAUUGUUGCUUUCAUUUUGAAAAGGGCAUUUUCAAAGUUUGAAUUUGAAGAAGUACGAAAACUAUCAGCCGAGCUAUGUGGACGCGUCCAUCCUCAGGUGCUAUUCCCGAUUGUUAGCCUCCUUCUAGAAGAAGCUGCCGGGUUGAAAGAUAUUCUCAUAAUAAAAGCUUGCUUGUUUUCUAUAUGCACUUCUCUUGUGGUCAGAGGUUGGGAAUCUCUCUCGCACCCCGCAACACCUAAGAUCAGGAAAUUGUUGGAAACUGUUUUGUUAUGGCCUCCGAUUGGAAGUGAAAUUUCCAAAGCACAGCAUGGAUGCAUUGAUUGUCUAGCUCUUAUGAUAUGUACGGAACUACAACCCGUCGAAUCACCUAAACCUUCUGGAAGUGAUGGGGUACAUACAGGAGGGAAGGACACAUCUGGCGGUGAUGCAUCAAGGGACUCUGUCCUAACAUAUGUGAUUCACCAUCUAAUUCAAGAUAGAAGUGAGCGCUCUUCCAUGGCCGAGCUGGAUGAUGAACACUCUAAUAAGGGUGAAUCUCCGUUUCCUAUUCCAUUUCGACUAUGCAUGGCAAAUGUUCUUAUCAGUGUUUGCCAAAAGAUUUCCGAGUCUGCAAAGAAGAAGUUUGCUCGGAAAACUCUUCCGUCUCUCAUUCAUUCCCUCGAGGUCAUAUGUGAGGGUGAGGUCCGAGCAGCUUGUAUCCAGGUUAUGUUUUCAGCCACAUACCAUCUGAAGUCAGUGCUUCUUCCUUAUUCAGCUGAUCUGCUUAAACUCUCCCUGAGAUUUCUUGAACAAGGAUCAGAAAAGGAAAAGUUGGCGGGUGCAAAACUGAUGGCAUCGCUUAUGGCGAGCGAAGACGCAGUUCUGGAGAGCAUUUCAGGGGGGUUGAUAGAGGCAAGACACCUUCUCUCGAAAGCAUCUUUAUCAGAUCAUUGCCCUCAAGUAAGGGAAGUGUGUGGGAAGCUACUGGCAUGCAUUACUCCUCCAUUGUAAGUAGAACUCAAACUCAGCAGUUAUGUUGCUUUCCAGUCUCCCCCCAUGAUAUUUGGGAGAGAGAGAGAAAGUGAGAGAGAGAGAGAGAGAGAUGGGGUUGUAGGAGUGGAUUUGACAGGGAAGUGUGGUGAAUGUGAAGGGGUUUAAACAAUGGGAUUCAUAUGAAUUGGAGCGGCGCUUUGUGUUAUUA